AUGGCUGCGGUGUGCUGCCGUUCCGCCGUUUCUCGCGGCGUGUCCGCAUCCGGGUCGCUGUUCGAUUCGCAGCUUUCGCAGCGCAUAGCGAGCAUUCUCUGUUCCUCGUCCGAUCUUCCUCUCUCCGCCUCCUCGCCUCAUUCCGAGCCGCUGCGUGUGACUGGGCCUGCCGCUGGGCUCUCGCGCUUCCAUUCGUCUUCUUUUGUUGAGGCAGAUCCUGGCGCAGGAUCAUCCCCCUCGUCGCCAGCAGUCGCAGGCGACGUCGCACAGUCACCACUUCUGCCGCGUCUGCGAUCAUGGUUCACAGCGCCCGACCUCACUCCGCCGCCGUUCGCGGGCCCUGCUGGCGGAUCCGAGGCGGGGAGCGGAGCGGACGGAGAGGCGCGGGGGGACGCGCGGACGUACGGAGGGGGCGCGCGGGGUGACGGGGAUCAUCGGGUGUACGGGCGGGAUCCGCGCGCGUACGGGCGGAACUUCCGCCCGCGCCCGCCUGUAGCGCGGCCGAAGCUGGAUCUUUUGGAAAAGGUGCUUACUGGGGGGGGAAGAGGGAGGGGGGCCCGGUUUUACCAUCUUUCUGUCGCCCCUCCACUCUCCGACAUUCUCUCCCUCUGCCACUGCCCUCCUCUCUCCAUCUGCAUGGGUGUGCAACCAACAGUAGCGCUGCUCACCUCGCGCAUUGCCGACAUGGCCCAACACCUUCAAACGCACAAGAAGGACCUGCACUCACGGCGGGGUCUAGAUGGAAUGCUGGCACGGCGGCGCAAGCUGCUCAAGUAUCUGCGGAGGAAGAACUGGGACUCGUACUGCCAUGUCAUUGCGGAGCUGGGGCUGCGGGAUCGAGUGGACCUGCAAUCUUAG